GCUACACAUGCCACUGACAGAGGACAGCUUUGUGGAGUCAUUUCUCAGUACCUUGCAACAAGGUACUAAGCAACAAGUACCUUGCCUUCCCUGCUGAGCUACCUUGCUGGCCACUUUACUUUGGAUUUUAUUUGACUUUUAAAUUUUAUUUCUCAUAUCUUUCCUUUAAAUUUCAUUUAAAUGUUUAGGUUUUAACUGUAUUAUAUUUAACUUUAAAUUUUUUUAUUUUAUUUAUGAGAGUGGAAGUACACCAUUACAAUGUUGGGGAUCAGAGAAACUUUGCCAGCAUUCUGCCCAGGGAGCAAACAAACAAAUCACAUUUUUGCAAAUGCACACAGAAUUUCGCCCUACAGUUUCUGGGAGCCCUUCCUUUUAUUCGGAGUUGAGAAACUUUAGUCUCAGAGUUUAUCGCAGAAAGUUGCAAAUCAAGACAAUCCGCCUGGAAGAAACGUUAGCCAGGUAGGGAGCUCGCGGUAAGACUUGCAAGGAAACUCAAGACGUGGUUAAUCCCCACGUACUUGUGAAUCAUCCAGCCACACAGAGGAGUUGGAGCAGGUGGCCGCCUUGCGCUUCAAACUGUCCCCAAGCUCCAGCUUCUGCAACCUAUUCAGCGUCCACCGGGGAGAGGACCCUCUCACUUUUUCAGAUCAUAGAGAGCCAAGCUCCCUCGGGCCAACUUGACUCUGUGGGGAUCACUUCACUCGCGUAUCACAGGAAUCCAUUCCCAGACACCGAAUUCCCUGCAGAAGAGAUCCUCUUGCCUCCCCACCCCCUCCUUUCUUUUUGACAGUCAGUUAAUAAAGACUCAACAGUAAGCAGCUCCCAGUGAUGUCAUCUGGGACUUUGUCCAUAGCGCCUGUAUUUACAAGCUCGGAGCAACCACAGAGCCGCAGCCCGGGGCUCCCAGGUCUCUGCACACUCGCCCUGGAUCCCAAGCUGGACCGCUGGCUCUGCGCGGCAGAUCUUCAAGAAAACCCAGAGUUCUUCCUCCAAGUGUGUUUUCGGAUGUUUCGCAAGUAAACAGGAUCGCUGCGGGAGGACAGCGCUGGAGAGCAGAGCGGCUGUGGGGAGCUUUGCAGUUCCUGGCUCCAGGACCUUGUGAUUUCCAUUCACCAAAGGGAAGAGCUCACUCCAAUGGCCGUGGAGACAGACGGGGGAUUCUUAUAAAUUGCAAAGGAAAAUACAUCACUCACCCAUGGAGGGGAAGAGGCAGCUGUGUAAAAGGGACUUUGGCAAAAGACUCUCUCUGGACAGCAGUCUUGUGGAAUACAUGGACUCGAAUAAGUGCAUCGAGCAUCUGCUGACGCAACUCAGGGAGCAACAGCGAAGUCUCUGGCGGGAGAAGUUGGCUGUGGCCAGGCUGCAGAGAGAAGUUGCCCAAAGGACAAACCAAGGGGCCAUGCAUGAGAAGCUGAUACAUGAGUUGGAAGAGGAACGACAUUUACGGCUACAGAGUGAGGAGCGGUUGAGGGAGGUGACCCUGGAGUCAGAGCGCAACAGGAUCCAGAUGCGUGGCCUGCAGCAGCAGUUUUCCAGGAUGGAGGAAACUGUCCGAAGUCUGUUGCAGAGCCAAGGGUCUCCAGAGCAGAAAAGGGAAGAACCUGCCAAGAUCACGACUUACCAGGAAAGAGUGCCUGAGGAAGAGAGAAAACACCAUGAAGCACUGAGUGACCUCCAUGCAGCAGUGGAUGAAGACUCAAGAAGUGAGAUCAGCAGUGCGGACGAGGGAAAAGAAAACACCAGGCUUCUCCUAAAGAGACUGAAGGCUCUGGAGGCGGAGAAUUCGGCACUGGCGCUGGAAAAUGAGAAUCAAAGAGAACAGUAUGAGAGAUGUCUUGAUGAGGUAGCCAACCAAGUCGUUCGAGCUCUACUCACUCAAAAGGAUCUGAGGGAAGAAUGUGUAAAGUUGAAAACCAGAGUGUUUGACUUGGAACAACAGAACCGAGCGCUUAGCAUCCUGUUCCAACAGCGAGUCAGACCGGCUUCUGAUGUGUUCCUCCAGAAACUUCACUCACGUGUCAUAGACCUCUCAUCUGGAGAGUUGCUCUCAGAGGCAGGACAGGGCCAGAGUUUGACAUCUCUGUGGGCAGAUAUUGAGCUGCAUGAACACCUCCAGAAUGCCAAGUCAGGAACCCCCGCCUUGAAACACUCUGGCUCGGGGUUAGUCAUCCCCGAUCACCUCUGUCCUGGAAACAGCUGCAGCAGCAGUGAGCUGUCCCUGUCCAGCACCUGCAGUGAGUGCUCCAGUGGUGCCUCCCACACGUGGCAGGACAGGAAGCUCCUUGGGAAAAGGCAAUCAUCACAGAACUGGGAUAAAAGACUGAAUAUCGAUUCUUCGCUCCCGAGUGGCUUUGCCAGCCCUGCAGAUGAACUACCUCCAACCCGUAUCAAAGAAAGCCACAUUUUGGAAGGGCUGAGGAAGCUCCAGAAGCGGAAAGUGUUACUGGAACCACCGUCGGUGAUAACCAAGUGGGGUUAUAAGGAUUGUAUGAACUCCAAUGAAGGCAUCUAUUCUCCAGGAAUUAAAACUAGCAACCUCAAGGAGUCUCCCCACUGCCAGCCACCUGGCCUAGGGAUCCCCUGCAAGGACCUCCAUCAUUCCUUCACAUAUGAUGCCAAUUCUCAUGAGAAUACAGAUGAGGAGUCUCUACCCUCAGCUUUGCUACAAACCGCUCCAGGCCAGGGCCACAAGAUGCAGGGUGGUAAAUUAACCCACAGUGUUUCAGACAGUCUAUUUAGCUGGGAGCCACAUGGAAAAUAUUUUUCAGAAGGUACAGCCUCAGUGUAUACAAGAGAAAUGCCUGAAAGGCUAGUUCGUUGUGCUAGCCACUGUCCCUUGGAGAGGAAGCUAUGCCCCAGCAUGCACCUGCCCUGGGUGCAGAGGGACAGGGACCCACAUGGCCAUGGUCAUGGCCGCGUGGCCCUGACCCUUCAGCUUUCAGACACUGACGACUGUGACACCCUAAAUGAGCUGCACAUAGAGAGCAGUGAUGAGAGAAGCCCUUCAGACCUGUCACUGACGGGGGACACUGACAAGUCCAUGGAGAACCUCGAGGUGGGAUCGGGAAAGUCUGAAUGUGGCUCUUGCGAUGUGGAGGAAGAAGAAUGUCCCACCCACUUAGAGACAAAGCCAAAGACCUUCGGUUUCAUCAGGCAGCAAAGGGUUGUCAAGAGGACCUCUUCAGAAGAAUGUGUCACAGUCGUAUUUGAUGCAGAAAAUGGAGAGCCCGUUGAAUUCAGCUCCCAUCAGACUGGGAUUGUCACUGUGACCAGGGAUGAAAUUUCCAUCAACUCCACCCCUGCUGGGCCCUCAGAACUCACUCAACUUUCACCUCAGGGAAUUACUCAUUUACAGCCAGGAGCUACUGCAAGAGACUGUCCUUUUCGGAAGAGACCUGAAGAGGAGACUCGAAAAAACAUUCCAAAAGACAAGAACAGUAUUGCCACGGCUCUAACCGACUCCUUUGGCUCUCGGACUACAGUAACUCAGAACUCCUCACGACCAGUUAUCACCAAACCAACACAAGGCGGAGCCUGGCAGAGUAAUUCUAGACCUGGGGCCAACACGGGUGUCUGUGCAAAGCAAGGUCUGACGAAAAUUCCUUCCAGAGCCAAGUCUUCGCCUCAGAAAUCAAAACAGGCAGAGCCUGUGCCCGCCAUGCUCAUCCCCUCCAGUGCCCUAGUGGCUCUUGAAAAGACACCAGCAUCCCCUCCAGGGAAGCUUGCACAAUGCACUAAGAUGGAGAGCCCAGGUUCUCUCCGUGACACACACCCAGAAUCACACAUUCCGAAGCAACCCACCCAGCUUCCUCAUGUUCCCAGUAAUGUUUCCAAUAAGAAGAACUGGGUCCAAUGUCCCAAGAGUCAGGCUCCAGGGAUCCAGUCACAGCACCUCAUAGGGAGUGGUGACUGUGGUGAGUCCCCCAUGAAGGCCAAACGCUGUGGCUCUGGGCCAGAGUCAAGAGUGAGGUCUCCCUCCCCUCCACCCCCUCCAGGGAGGUCAGUCUCCCUCCUGGUCAGAUCCAGUUAUGACCAUACACCACUGCCAUCACCUGGCAGACCCGAGACUAGAGGCCCUAGAGACGCUGUAAGUGCGAGGCUGAAAUCUCCACUGUUGAAAGGAUCCUCUGUUCCUGUCAUCUCCUCCAGUCCAGCUGUGUCAGAACUGCAGCAGAAGAAGCCUUCUUUGGCCUCCAAAAAGCCUGCCUUCCCUCCAGAUCUUCCCCCUACAGAUGCAGUGGUGUAUACCCAAUACCCUGAACACACAUCCUCCAGCUCAUUUGCUGCGAUGGCUCCAGGGCCUCCAAAGGUCUCUCCAAAGAGAGGCAUCUCCAAACCUUCCCCUCACCAAGCACUUGGAACCACACACAUGGACGCUGAGUUACAGACACCCAAGACUGGUCCUUCAACCUAUGAACUCCUAGAGGGAGCAUCCUCUAAAAGCCUGUCUCCAGGGAGAAAAGGACAGUUGAGUGCCAGCUCUGUGAUACCCCACAGGCCUUCCUUCUCAGGGGCGAAUGAGUCCUUGACACCUCAGGUUAACAGUCCCUCCCCAUCUUCCUCAUCCUGCAGAAGCCAGGACACAUCACAAAGCCGUCAAAACCCUCCGGAGAAAGGACCGAAAACACGCCUCCCAAUAGGACUCAAAGUUCUCAUGAAGUCUCCUCAAUUGCUCAGGAAAACGUCCAUGGCACCGGGAAAACAAGAGAAAGAUAGUUUAAAUGAAGCUUCCAGAAGUUCUGUGACUUUGAACAAGUCUAAUCCCGAGGACUCCAGAGACCCAGCAAGUCUGGAGGCCUCAGGAGAGGAGAGAACAAUGGCCUUGCUAGGUCCACAAGGUCUGGACAGUUUAGCUAAAGGGCUUCCUUUAGAGUCAGCAUUGCCAGAGUCAUUAGAAAGCAGCAUCUCCAGAGCUGAUGGAAGAGAUAGGGUGGAGAGCAGAUCUGUGAAAAGAUCCUUCUCCUCCAGCAAGCCACACUUAAAGCCAGCUCUAGGCAUGAAUGGGGCCAAAGCUCGGAGCCAGAGCUUCAGCAUCCAUUUUGGAGAGAAGCCCUCCCAGCCCCCAACAGAAGGACCAGGCAAGAUUCGAACUCAAAUCAUUACCAACACAGCUGAGAGAGGCAAUUCCCUCACCAGGCAGAACAUCUCCAUGGAAGGGUCCCCAAGCAAGACCCCCUCUGUCUCCACAUCUGAUAACCUUCCCACUGUGGGAAGGCCCCUGGAACAGUCCUUUUCCAGGCAGGGUUCCCUCUGCAGCACAGGAAGUUCUAGCAGCCAGCAUGGAAGCCCAAGCAAGUUACCUUUGAGGGUGCUCACAAGGCCGGAAGAACUCCCCACCCCUGGAGUGGGAGACCAACAGAUCUAUACCCAGGAAGAAUGUCCUGGGGGGUAUGUAGUACAUGAGCAAUCUAGCAGUGCCCACCACAGACAUCCAUCCACUCCACCAGACUGCCCUCAAUCCCUACACAUCCCAGGGAGGUUGCAGCAUCCAGGCAAUUUAGAAACAAGUGGGAUAUCCAAGCUAGAAACUUCUGGACGCCAUCCAGAGGCUUCUCCCACCGGGCCUGGUAUCGUGAGCCCAGAAGCCCCCCUCACACCCUCCAUUGAAGAAAAGGUCAUGUUGUGCAUUCAGGAGAAUGUGGAAAAAGGCCAAGUACAGACAAAGUCCGCCUCUGUGGAAGUGAAGCCCAGGGCAGGGCCUUCAUUCACCAGCUGGUUUGGUUUUCGGAAGAGCAGGCUUCCAGCUCUCAGUAGCAGGAGAAUGGAGACCUCCAAAAGUAAAGUGGAAAAGAAAGAUACAAAACUGAAAUCAGAGAGGAAAAAAGAGAAGAAGAAAGCCGAGGUACAAUCCAAGCUAGAAAGUGAACUGAAUAGGGCGGGCACCAAGGCAGCAGAUGGUCGGAGUUCAGACGGUGGUUCGCGAACCACACAGAAUCUGAAAGCAUCGCAAGACAUUUAUAAUGAAAUGAAGUUGGAGCCAAGAAAUAGACCCAGCCCUGCUGUCUGCUCGACAAAAGACUCCUUCAUGACAGAACUUCUAAACAGAGUUGAUAAGAAAGCGGCUCUCCAGACAGAAAGUGGAUCAAAGGGUGUUUCCUGCAGGAGCGUGUUAGAGGGCACCUCCCAGGGCUCCUGUUUCACCAGCAGCUCUGUCAGCACUCAAGGAAGUCAAAAGAAAAACAUCAAAACCAAAGUCGAUAUGGAAAAACCAAGAGAAUCCCUGGGGGCAGAGGUCAACGAAGAAGACGAACGAGAGGAUGAAGAAGAUAGAGUUGCUGACUCUGCGCUUCAGAGCCACGUGAUCGAAUCAAACUGCCAGAUGAGAACACUGGACAGUGGGAUUGGAACCUUCCCUCUCCCAGACUCAGGAAACCGCUCCAUGGGACGAUACAUAUGCCAGCCGGGCUCCCCAGAGGACACUGAGCCCCUCCCGCCUCUCCAGCCAGCCCCUUGCUUAGCUUCCUCUGCCAGAGCCCAAACCCUGGAACGUGAAGUGCCUUCCUCCACAGACAGCCAGAACUCCUCUGAGUCCACCAUCAUCCAUUCCAUAUCGGACCCCAGCAUGAUGGCCAGAGGGAUGCGUCCGCAGAGUCGCCUUCCCAAGCCCACCUCCUCAGGAAAAACCAGUUUCCAAAAGCAGAAUGAAGCAGAGUCAAAGACCCAGCCUGGCCCCUCCUUUGACUCUGCUGAGGAUGCGGUGGCAAGUGAGCCCCUUUCAGGAUGGAGGGGCGAAGAUGCUACCGCUGAGACCCAGGAGCUGAAACAAGUUGAAGAAACAAAAGAAGAUCCUGAGAAUAGAUUAUCUGAAAUUUCCCUGGAGUCGUUCAAUAAAUUUAACAGCAAUACUGUGAUUUUAUUAGGAACAGAGAAGUCUCCAAGCACGGUUAAAGGACAAGAGGAAGGCCGGAAGACGGACGCGCCAUCGAGUGACUCGGCCAAGCCUGGGGUGGACAACGUGGAGUCUCUCAGUGACUCUCUGUAUGACAGCUUCUCCUCUUGUGCAAGCCAAGGUUCCCAUGAUGCCUAGGGGCACCCCUCAGCGAGACCUGAGCACAGAGCUGGGCAUGCAGGGAGUACUGAGUCCAGAGAAGCUGAAGGCAGCCCGCACACACGAGUUGACUCCCCUAGUGGACUGAUAAAGAUCGCCGCCGCGACUUCCUGUGUUUCAUGAGGAUUAAAAGCAAAAUAUGAUAGAGAGUUCUCAAUGUUUGCACUUUUUUUUUUGAGUAUUUGUAUAAAAGCUGUAAAUUUUGGGGGAAGAGAAAUUAUAUUUCUAGGGGGAGAAAGAUAGCAAUAAAAAGAGUUGGCGCCAUGCUCUUGAAAUGAUGUAUUAAGUUUUAGAAGUUGAUAAUAUAUUUUUGAAAAAAAAAAAAAAAACUCUACCUAAGGAUUUUGUGAAGUUAAUCAUCCUGGUCCUCAAAUCAUUCGUGUGUACACUGUCAGUCUGAACCUGGGGCCUGCAGAAGAGUUAGAGGGUUGAGGUGAUCGCUGUCUCUCAGAGUCUCAUUUUGAUUGAAUUUUGAAUGGUGGUCCAGUUUCCAGAUUGCCACUAGGAAGACUGACGUUGUAAUGCCAUCUAUCAGUAGUGCUUCUGCUGUGUGCAGACGGGAGCAAGUCUUAGCAGGCUUCCCCUCCAGCAUCUCCCAUCGUCUCCAUUGUAUUUCUCUACAAUUCUGAGUGUUUGUUGACUUUUUUUUUUUUAUCUCCCUGCUUUUUUAAAUUAAAAUCUGGGUACUCUAUUUGCCAUAUCCACUUUAUAGAAAUAAAUGAAUGGUUGGUGCUAUGAAAAUUUCUUACUUUUUAAUAUCCUUUUUUCUAUUAAAGACUGUUUAUAUGUGAGGAUAAAUUCUAUUUUAAAGGUUACGUGUAUUUUUUCUAGACGUGAACUAUUUAUAAUUCCUUCUGUACAGAAGCCUGCAGACUGGGCAGAGUAGAGCUGUGUUUAGGACUUGUGCGGUUGCCUUAGCACACCUGUAUCUUUAUAGAGUAUUGUAUGACCAGUGUUAUUUUAUUUGUGCAAUUUGUUGUAUUUGGAUUUUGUUAUCCUAAAUUCAAGUUGUGUAAAGCAUCUUUGUCUUUCAGACUUUAAAAAUCCUUUUGUUUCAUUUCAUUUCGGAAUAAAAGUCCUAUCACACCCUC